CCCCAGCCUUCGUGAAUAAAAGCCCUCCCUUGGAGAAGUGGAAACCGCGCUGCACAGACAAGCAUACACAGCAGGGAGGGAUGAAUUCCUCGCUGCGGCGGCCCUGGCGGAUGCCCUGGCUACUGUGGGCCGGUGUGCUGGUCAGCACUGCAGCCGCUUCCCAAAGUCAAGAACGGCUAUGUGCGUUUAAAGAUCCCUAUCAACAAGACCUUGGGAUAGGUGAGAGUCGAAUCUCUCACGAAAAUGGGACAAUAUUAUGCUCAAAAGGUAGCACCUGCUAUGGUCUUUGGGAGAAAUCAAAAGGAGACAUAAAUCUCGUAAAACAAGGAUGUUGGUCUCACAUUGGAGAUCCCCAAGAGUGUCAUUAUGAAGAAUGUGUAGUAACUACCACCCCUCCCUCAAUUCAGAAUGGAACAUACCGUUUCUGCUGCUGUAGCACGGAUUUAUGUAACGUCAACUUUACUGAGAAUUUUCCACCUCCUGACACAACACCACUCAGUCCACCUCAUUCCUUUAACCGAGAUGAGACGAUAAUCAUUGCUUUGGCAUCAGUCUCUGUAUUAGCUGUUUUGAUAGUUGCCUUAUGCUUUGGAUACAGAAUGUUGACAGGAGACCGUAAACAAGGUCUUCACAGUAUGAACAUGAUGGAGGCAGCAGCAUCAGAGCCCUCUCUUGACCUAGAUAAUCUGAAACUGUUGGAGCUGAUUGGCCGGGGUCGAUAUGGAGCAGUAUAUAAAGGUUCCUUGGAUGAACGUCCAGUUGCUGUAAAAGUGUUUUCAUUUGCAAACCGUCAAAAUUUUAUUAACGAGAAGAACAUUUACAGAGUGCCUUUGAUGGAACAUGACAAUAUUGCUCGCUUUAUAGUUGGCGAUGAGAGAGUCACUGCAGAUGGGCGCAUGGAGUAUUUGCUUGUGAUGGAGUAUUAUCCCAAUGGAUCUCUAUGCAAGUAUUUGAGUCUCCAUACAAGUGACUGGGUAUGCUCUUGCCGUCUGGCUCAUUCUGUGACUAGAGGACUGGCUUUUCUUCACACAGAAUUACCACGGGGAGAUCAUUAUAAACCUGCAAUUUCCCAUCGAGAUUUAAACAGCAGAAAUGUCCUGGUGAAAAAUGAUGGAACCUGUGUUAUCAGUGACUUUGGUUUGUCCAUGAGGCUGACUGGAAAUAGACUGGUGCGCCCAGGGGAAGAAGAUAAUGCAGCUAUAAGUGAGGUUGGCACAAUCAGAUAUAUGGCACCAGAAGUGCUAGAAGGAGCUGUGAACCUGAGGGACUGUGAAUCAGCUUUGAAACAAGUAGACAUGUAUGCACUUGGACUAAUCUAUUGGGAGAUAUUUAUGAGAUGUACAGACCUCUUCCCAGGUGAAUCUGUACCAGAAUACCAGAUGGCUUUUCAGACAGAAGUUGGAAACCAUCCCACUUUUGAGGAUAUGCAGGUUCUUGUGUCUAGGGAAAAACAGAGACCCAAGUUCCCAGAAGCCUGGAAAGAAAAUAGCCUGGCAGUGAGGUCACUCAAGGAGACAAUCGAAGACUGUUGGGACCAGGAUGCAGAGGCUAGGCUUACUGCACAGUGUGCUGAGGAGAGGAUGGCUGAACUUAUGAUGAUAUGGGAAAGAAACAAAUCUGUGAGCCCAACAGUCAAUCCUAUGUCUACUGCUAUGCAGAAUGAGCGCAACCUGUCACAUAACAGGCGUGUGCCAAAAAUUGGCCCUUAUCCAGAUUAUUCUUCUUCCUCAUACAUUGAAGACUCCAUUCAUCACACUGACAGCAUUGUGAAAAAUAUUUCCUCUGAGCAUUCGAUGUCCAGCACACCUUUGACUGUAGGGGAAAAGAACCGAAACUCAAUUAAUUAUGAACGACAGCAAGCACAAGCUCGAAUCCCCAGCCCUGAAACAAGUGUCACCAGCCUGUCCACGAACACAACCACCACAAACACCACAGGCCUCACUCCAAGUACUGGCAUGACCACUAUAUCUGAGAUGCCAUACCCAGAUGAAACAAAUCUGCAUGCCACAAAUGUUGCACAGUCAAUUGGGCCAACCCCUGUCUGCUUACAGCUGACAGAAGAAGACUUGGAGACCAACAAGCUAGACCCAAAAGAAGUUGAUAAGAACCUCAAGGAGAGCUCUGAUGAGAAUCUCAUGGAGCAUUCUCUUAAACAAUUCAGUGGGCCAGACCCACUGAGCAGUACCAGUUCUAGCUUGCUUUACCCACUCAUAAAGCUUGCAGCAGAAGUGACUGGACAGCAGGACUUCACACAGGCUGCAAAUGGUCAAGCAUGUUUAAUUCCUGAUGUUCCACCUGCUCAGAUCUAUCCUCUCCCCAAGCAACAGAACCUUCCUAAGAGACCUACCAGUUUGCCUUUGAACACCAAAAAUUCAACAAAGGAGCCCCGGAUAAAAUUUGGCAGCAAGCACAAAUCAAAUUUGAAACAAGUAGAAACUGGAGUUGCCAAGAUGAAUACAAUCAAUGCAGCAGAACCUCAUGUGGUGACAGUCACCAUGAAUGGUGUGGCAGGUAGAAACCACAAUGUUAAUUCCCAUGCUGCCACAGCCCAGUAUGCCAAUGGGGCAGUACCAUCUGGCCAGACAGUCAACAUAGUGGCACAUAGGGCCCAAGAAAUGCUGCAGAAUCAAUUUAUUGGUGAGGACACCCGAUUGAAUAUUAAUUCCAGUCCUGAUGAGCAUGAACCUUUAUUGAGACGAGAGCAACAGGCUGGCCAUGAUGAAGGUGUUCUGGAUCGUCUCGUGGACAGAAGGGAACGGCCACUAGAAGGUGGCCGAACUAAUUCCAAUAACAACAAUAGCAAUCCAUGUUCAGAACAAGAUGUUCUUACACAGGGUGUUCCAAGCACAGUAGCAGAUCCUGGGCCAUCAAAGCCCAGAAGAGCACAGAGGCCUAAUUCUCUGGAUCUUUCAGCCACAAACAUCCUAGAUGGCAGCACUAUGCAGAGUGAGUCAACACAAGAAGGUAAAUCAGGAUCAGGUGAAAAGAUCAAGAAACGUGUGAAAACUCCCUAUUCUCUUAAGCGGUGGCGCCCCUCUACAUGGGUUAUCUCCACUGAACCACUGGACUGUGAGGUCAAUAAUAAUGGCAGUGACAGGGCAGUUCAUUCCAAAUCCAGCACUGCUGUUUAUCUUGCAGAAGGAGGCACUGCCACAACCAUGGUGUCUAAAGAUAUAGGAAUGAACUGUCUGUGAAAUGUUUUCAAGCCUACGGAGUGAAAUUAUUUUUUUGCAUCAUUUAAACAUGCAGAAGACAUUUUUUUAAAAAACUGCUUUAUCCUUCUGUCAGCACCCAGUCCCACCCCUGCAACAAGGACUUGCUUUAAAUAGAUUUCAGCUAUGCAGAAAAAUUUAGCUUAUGCUUCCAUAUUUUUAAUUUUUUUUUUUACGUUUUGCACUUUUGUUUAGUCUCGUUAUAGUUAUAUUUGUCUGUUAUGACCACAAAAUUAUAUGUGUGUGUAUCAAAAGUGGUCUCAAAUAUUUUUUUAAGAAAAAAAAGCAAAAACAAUGUAUUGCUGAUAAUCAGUUUGGACCGGUUUCUAAAGGUCAUUAAAACAAAAACAAAUUAUGACAGGUUUGACUGCAGUGAUGUCUGGUAUCCAUGUUUUAUUUCUGGGCACAAGCUAGUUUAUAUGUUGAUCAUGUUCCUGAACAUAUUAGCUUUUGGAUAUUCUUUUCUCUUGUGUUGUGUUUGAAUGUGCAAUAGUCUGUAGGCCACAAAUAAGCUUUCUUGUAGGCUCUCUUCCUAGCAGGGUACACAUUCUUCCAUAAUAUGAACAUUUUUCUCCCCCAUCUCCCAUAUUUUGUAGGUCAGCUCUAUGACAGUGAAUUUUGCAAAGGAGAAAGCAGCUAUCUGAUUUUUUGCUUUCUCUCUCUUUAUCAUGGAGAAUGCAGAAACAUUGUCUCAAAGGGCUCUAAAGAAGGAACUACCAAAACCUAAUUUGAAAUGCCAUUUCUCUUGACCUUCCAAAAUUCUGAACAUUUCCUUCCGGGCAUUUUAAUAAACAUAUUUGGUUCUGGUUUUGGAAGUUUGUAAGAGAGCAUAGAACAAAAUGCAAGAAAUAAAAUAUUAGCCUUUUUUCAUUUUAUUUUUUAUGUAUGUUCAUGUUCCAUAUUCAUUUAUUUAAGAAAUGCAUUUUUAUCAGAAAACUUACAGAGCUAUACUUAUAUGGAAUUUUUAAGUAGGUAGAUGGUUAAGACAAUGUAGUGUUAUAUCUUUCAUUCUCUGAAUAAACCAUCUUUGACUCAAAUAAAAUUACACUUCCUGUUUAUUAUAACUUCAAAAGUAAUUUAUAGUUUUGAACCUGUAGUAUCUUAUUCUGUUCCCAAGGAAAGCCUGGUGACUUUAUCUGAAAACGUUCCUCUUCCCAUGACCUAAAAACACUGUGUGGAAAAAUCAUUCAACUGGCAUGCCAAAUCCCUGUGAAAGGAAGGAUUGCUGCCAAAUCUACCUUUUUUGAGCAGACUGAGACUUAACCUCUUUACAAAACUGUGUUUUUUCUUGCUAAUUCUAUUUUUAUAAUUUCUUCUUUUUCCAGUUUUUCACAUGACUUUUGAUAUGUGAGCAGCAUUUAUUAUUUAUAUUAUAUUAGAGUAUACCUUUUAGUGAUGUCCUUGAAAUCAUUUUUUAAAGGUUCCUUUGCUGCUUUUGUUACUAAUUAUCUUCUUUAGAAUAACAACCUCUACAUGUUUUUUUAAAAUGAAGCACUUUCUGUCAAAUAAGGAAUUUUUCUUCUAAACACAAAUUAUUUUCUAUAAUUUGCAAACAAUGAUGAUCUCACUUGUUUUAUUUUUUUCAGAUUCUCAGAGUACUUAAUAGACAUUAUCUAAUUAAGUUCUAAGAUUUUUCUGGGAGAUAAAAAGUUAAGAGGAAAACACAAUCCCCAGUUUCCUGAUUUAAGUUUUUAUUUCCUGAACGAUAUUUUCUCAAUCCUACUUCUCUGUCUUCAUCAUUUAGCUAAAGAAAACCUAAAUUUCCCAAUUUGAUGUCCUAAAUAUUUAGUGACUGACAAGCCUUCUCUUGUUUGCUCUCUGCUAUGAUCUUAUGAUUUAGAUGUUACAACAUUUACCAUUUAUUCAGCUGGAUUGCUGAACACAGUUCUGAAUUCUUAAAAUUAAGAUUAUUUUACUAGUGCCCAGGAUUUCCUCCUUUUAUAUUUUAUUGGCCCUUCUCUUGAUUCAGACCCUCAACAAAUAUCACUCUUGUGGCAUAUAAUUUUUUCAAAUAGCUAUUAUUCUCUUAUUUCUGUAAUAAAUUAUUUGUCUUUCCCAGUAAAUUUUCUCACUUAGUUCUCUUGCCUUUAAAUGUCUUUCAAAUGCAUUUCAGGAUAUUUGUUUCAGACAUUUGUUCAACAACUUUAAAUCGAAAUAAAUUAUAUUUUUGUUCUCCAAUUUGAAGCAUUGAGGAUAAAGGACCAUUUGAGGUCUAACUGAUCUCUUCCUGUCAAAAGAAGAGUUAUCUUAGUUCUGCUAUACUUUGUAUCGGGGCCAAUUGAUUGUAAGUUUUCCAGCAUUUUUUAAUGUUUAAUAAUAAAACGCUUUAAAAAAUUAAUAUACCAAAUUAAAAGAACUUUGUAUAGUUUCCCAUUCCAUGCAAGCAUGUUUUAAACAAAUAAUUUCCUUUCCCCAGUUUUUUUUAGUAGACUCUUGAAAAAGUAGGAAAGGUAGAAAGUGUAGAUCUCUUUAAUAAAUUUUAAAUUGUACAUCAGACUUUUAGAAUCUAUUUGUAAUAUGCAAGCAAGCAACAUCACUUUAAAUGACUUAUAUUACUUACUUACUAAUAAAUGUUAAUUAAAGCUGAUAUUUAACUGCUAUAACAAAGUUUUGCAUGUAGGAAGGUAUUUGGGUCCUUUUGAAUAAAAGGCUCUUCAAUUAAAAAAUAUUAAAAUUCAUCUCACUGGAUAGUAAUGUAACCUUAAAAGGAUUAUAACAGAUAUUCAAAGUCUAUAUUAGUUCCUAAUUGUAUACUAGAAUUAAGGCAUUGAAAGAACUUGAUUUGAAUCAUGUUAAAACAAAAAUGAUUUAAAUAUAAAUUCUAAAAACUUUUUCUAAAUGCAUAACUGGAAAAAAGCACUGUUAUCUGUGUAGAAAAUUAUGACAAGGAACAUAAUAAAUGCUGGGAUGUAUAUAUGCUAUUAAUCCUCACAGCAACCAUAUGAGCAUUAAAGUUAAUGUUUCCACUUUACAGAUGAGGUAACUGAAGCUAAGAGAAGCUAAGUAAUUUGCCCAAGGUCCACAUCUAGCAAUUAACAAAUCUGGGAUUUUAUCCCGGGUCUGCCUCUCUACACCUCUUUUAUCCACACCUUACCGCCUUCAUGCUGUAUGACAGGAUGUGUAAUGUGUUGACAUUUUGUAAGAAAUUCAGUCAUUACACUCCAACACAAUUGUGGUUUGUAUAUAAGCCAAACCAGAUACCUUAAUGAUUUUAGAAGUUAGACAUGCCUACACAUCUUAUGUUCGCCUAUGCGGAUUGUUGCUUGAGAAAUAAUUUCUGAUUCAAGGCAAAAUUCAAUCCUACAUUUGCCAUUAUGAAUCUUAAAAUCAUUUUACUUCACUCCUAAUGUUUAUUCUUAUAUUAUAGAACUAAAGAUAAAGUAAAUUUUAAGGGAAAAGUGAAGGCAACUUUUGGGAACAGACACUUUUUCUAUAUUGAUUCUAUACUAGAUUUGGAGGAAUUAAUUUAACAUAAAAGUUCAGUCUCAUCAAUCCUUUGACUCCAUUUUCAAAGUUUAUGCUUUUAGUCACUUUAGAAAAUUUACUAAUUACUAAUUUAAAUUUACUAAUUCACUAAAAAUUUACUAAUAAAGAACUAAUUUGGAUAGGAUGUAGGAAGUAUGCAAGGAUAAUGUCCUUUUUACAAAGCAGAUUUGUAUAGCUUCCUUACACGUAUCCACUUGCUCGAGAAAAUGUACAUUGGUUGAAUGUGAAAAUAAUUAUAGAGAGUUGAGAAAACUAAAGUAUGUGUUUUAGUGGGAAUUAUCGUAAAAUUUGGCAAGUAUUUUUGUUUAAAAUAUUUUCAGAUUUGGCUUCUAAAGCCCAGUGGAAUACCUGGUAGGCCGUAGCUAUUAUACUGAACUUUCCAGGCUCUAAAUCUCUCUCAAAAGUCAUUUAAAAUGGAAAAAUAUUUCAGUAAACCUUUUGUUUCCUUUUUUCCUAUUUAUGGACAUGAAUAUUUUAUUGAAGGUAGUUAACUCCUAGAACUUGAGAUCACAUUAUAUUUUUAUACAACAUUUUAUAAAUUUGUGUUGAACCUAUUACCAGUUAUAAGCAGGUUAUUACAUAACUAUUCACGGAGUAAUAUUGCUUUAUUUAUUACUUUAUCUUCCCAGCUAACUCCUUAAAGGUAGAAUCUGCACACACGCUAGUUGAUUAUCUAGACCAGUCAUUCUAGAAAUUGUGUAACACUUCCACAUAUACUACAAGAGUCUUUUCAGACUGAGAUGUUUCUAAAUACUUAUAUUGUUACUGACAGUUUACUCUUCCGCAGAUGAAGUUGCAUUUUAACUUUUAGAUUAUGAACUAUGCAAUCUUUACUCAAAACUACCUUGCAUGAUCCCCUCCUAUGCUCUUUGAUUAAGUAAAUCUGGCAGAUCAUUGUUUGAGCUAUUGUUACACAAAAGCUAUUAUCAAAAGAAGGCUUUUCUACAAGUUUCCAGAUUAACAACAAGAAAAAGGAAAUCACAGGGCACUGCCACUCGUGCACCUAUCCAUUACUUUCUUUAAAUCACCUCAUAGUUAUGUCUGACUUUAUCUAUCCCUCCCUUAUCUGACUUGCAACUUCUGUGUCAGGAAAGUUUUCUUCAUAUUUAGUCUGUACCUCCUGUUUCAUUUUAAAUCCAUUUCUCUUACCCAGUAGGAAAAAAAGAGAGCAGUUGGUCAUCCGACAUUUUUAUUUUUCAGUAUGCUUCUGGCUUCUCAAUUAACAUUUAAGUCUCAAUUCUUCAGACAAAAUUGCUUAGUUCCUUUAGCUUUUUCUCCUCAGUCCUAUUUUAAUAACUUUAUUUAUAUUUAAGAACACAUAAAAUUAUAUUUUGUUAUAUUCAAAUUCAUUAGUCUGGUUAAGUAAUAGUUCAAUAGUUUGAUAGAAUUGAGAGUUAAGAUGUUACCAUUUGACCAUGGAUUCAACCAUCAGACUACCAUCAAAUUAGCACUUAAUUUUUGUAUUAUCUAACAUUUUCUAUUAAAUUGUGGAGUUUUAUGAUUUUAUAUUCUCAUUAGUUAUAAUUUAAAAGCCAUGCAUACAGAAUUGUAUAGCAUUUUACCAUUAAAUUUUUUAACCUUUAUUGCAGCAUGCUUAGUGUUAUGAUUGAGCCAUGACAAUGUUUUACAUAUUUUUUGUAUCAAAUAUUGUAUUAAACAUUAAAUGCAAGAUCAGCUUUCAAACGCAAAUUCUAAAUUAAUCAGGUAUUAUAUGUGAACAUUUUUGUAGACCACUUUUGAAAUGCUUAUUGUUUUGCAACAUUAACUGGACUGUAACAACUUUCAUUUAACUUUUAAGUGACUGAUUAAAGUUGAGUGUUCAUGCAUAUAAAGAAAAAUUUAGAAAUUUAUCUCAUGGCAGAUACAUUUGAAAGUAAAUACUUAAGAAGAAUUUAUACUGUAUAUCAAAAUUGUGCCCCCAAAUAAAUCUUGUAUCUUAAUAUUUUCAAUUCUGUUAUUACUGUGAUGUUUGUAUUGUUACUAUAAGCAUUGUGAACAUGCACGUUCAUUUUUAAAACUUAAUUUGAAACCCAGAUUUAAAAAAAUCUGGGAAAGAGAGAAGGAACCUUUAGAACUAAAACAUUAUUAGGGCGUCCAGUUUAUGAUUGAAUUUUGAAGCAAAUUACUGUUUUUGAAACUACAACUUGAUUUUUUUUUUUUUUUUUUUUUUUUUUAGUUUUAAAAGGUAACACAUGGAUUUUUUUUCCAUUUUACUUGUACUUUUAGAUUUUAGAAACAUCUUCACGUUUUAUAUUCACUAUACACAUAAUAUUACUUAAAAACUCAGGGCCCUUUUCAUCCCUUUGUACACUGAAAAAGUUCAAUUGGUAGCAAACAAGCAAUUGAGUUGAAUAAGUGUUUGUUACACAGUUUACUUAAUGUUUCAUCUUAUUAUUUGACUUCACAUAGACAUGAUAUCAGAUUUCAUUAAUCAUAAGAACUUGCCCAGUUAUAUAAUUACUGAAUAGAGGGAAUGAUUCAACUAAUUGGCUAUACGUUGCAGUAAAUUUACACCUUAGAACUGAAGCACUGACUUAAAACCAUUUCUGUUCUAUGGUUAAAAGGCUAUACAUGAUGGGACAAAUCAUUUUAUUUUGUUUUGUUUUUUAAUAAGAGAACUUAGUGAAGUAGUUCCUCUGAGAUAGAAUUUUCUCAAGAGGUAAUUUAACAUUAUAAAAUUUCUCCUAAAAAUGAACUAAUGAGUUUAUAGCUUUAGUAAUUAAUAGCUUGGAUGGUUUUGAGAUGGUAACCUAUAGUAAACUAUCACAUUACCACAGCCAAACAGAAUUGUUCUUUGAAUCAGACAAAGUCAAGCUCUAAAUUGGGAUGCUGUGUACUUAAAAUCCUAGCAGUUAUUUGUGACCAGUCUCUUGUCUCAGGCUCUCCACAUUAUUACCAAUCUUCUUAAGUAUGUAAAGGAAACAUUUUUAAAGAAGCUUAACAGUAAGAAAACUAAAUUACUAAAAGAUGCAAUUCAAAGAUAGUUAAGACCUGGUUUAACAUUAAAUUGCUUGACUUCCGUGGCUUUUCUUUUUCUGGUCACAUUUAUUUAUUUAAGCAACUUUUGUAUGCCUCCUCAUUUUGCUUCCACAGAGAUUGUAUUGUAUAAGUGUUCAUGUAAGCUGGAAUCAUCCUUAGUUUUUCUGUUGAUAUUUUUUUUUCAAAUGAAGAUACAUGGAUAAUUGUAAAAUACACUAACACUUAGGGUGUUGUAGUAGCUGAAACAUGGAGAUGUGUAACUGCCAUACUCUUUCUGAAUGGACAGGAGAAAUAAACUACAGAGUAUUCAUUUCUGAGGAUGAUUUUCUGGAAAAAAAGGCUGAAAAAUAUUGGCGCUUCCUCAGAACCCUCUUUCUUGUUAACGGGUAUCUUUUGUUGGUGUGUUUUGCUCGUACAUUACAGAUAGAAUAUCAUAUAUGAAUUUAUGAAUAAUUACUUUUAGUUAUUUUGCUUUUGUAUAAGCCGUCUGAGACCUUGCUAUGCUGUAUAAGUUGUGUUUGAUGGAUCAGUGUGAGUAUGAUAUAAAGCAUAUCACUUUUCUUUUGUAUUAUCUAUGGAUGCCACUAUGAAAGCUGACAUUAAGCCACUAAAGAGUUUUCUAUGAAUAAGUGUAAGUAAAUGCUUUGAUAUAUAUAAACCUAAAUAAAAAGAUUGUAUUGAUAUAGAGAUGUUGGAGAAGGAGAUUUUAAGACAGUUCUUUAGGUUUAAAAAAGGCUUGCUGUAAAACGGUGCAUUAUUCCAUCUAUUAAAGAUCAUAUUAAUGACAACA